UAUCCUAAAUAUUAGAGGAAACUAAGAGACGUAGGCGUGAGGCUGAAGAAGAUGAUGGUGAAAUGUAUGAUGAGUUUGGCAAUCUAAAGAAGAAGUACCGUGUUAAAACAAACCAGGCUGACACCAGGCCUGCUGUUGCUGCUGGUCGUGCUGGGUGGCAAGUCGAGGAAUUAGGUGUUGAUAGAGAUGGAAGAGAGAGAAGCAGAGACAGGCAAAGAGACCGUGGAGAUAAGCAUAUAGAUCAUCACUAUGCUAAGGAUAGACGGAGAAGCAGAAGUCGAGAGAGGGAAAGAGGAGGCAAGGAACGUGACUAUGACUAUGACCAUGAUCGGAACAGAGACCGAGACAGAGACUACAGUCGCGGAAGCAGGUACCGUAAUUGAGAGAUAUUGGUCAAAAGUGUUAGGUUUCAUUAGUCUAUCAUAUUUUCCAAUGUUUUAUCGACUUAAUCUACAUUUCAAUUAUCUGGCUUUUUUCUUCUUCUUUUGAUUGUGUGAAAGUAAAACUCUGUUGGUGCUUCCAGUGGUCGGAUUAUGGUAUUGACAUUAGGCCUGA